UUGAGCAAAACACAAACAUUAAACAAACAAUAUGAAGUUUGUUUUUUCACUUCUCCUUCUUUCUUUCCUCUCAAAUCUUUCACUAGCUUUCUCACAUGAUGAUGGUGCACCAAUAUUUGACACAAAUUAUUGGGCUAUUUACCCAGAAGCUCGUUACUACAUUGUCCCAUCAUUUUUCGGCUUUCGCAGUGGAAAAUUAAAACUAGCAAAAACCGGUCAUUCAAACUGUCCAGUUACUGUUUUAGAACAAGAUUUCACAACUGAUAAAGGUGUACCGGUUCAAUUCAGCAUAAUAGGAUCAAGCUAUGAUAUCUUAACAGGUACACCAAUUUUUAUUGAGUUCACAAAGAAGCCGGACUGUGUUAAAUCAUCGAAAUGGUUGAUAUUCGUUGAUAAUGUUAUCAAAAAAUCUUGUGUUGGUAUUGGUGGUCCAGAAAACUAUCCUGGUAUGAAAAUAUUGAAUGGCACUUUUAAUAUUCAGAAACUCAGCGGUAUUACAUAUAAGUUUGUAUUUUGUGAUAGUGGAUCGAAGACUUUUUCGGAUAUUGGAUGGUAUGAUAAUGGUGAAGGUGAAGGACGUUUGGUUUUGGCAGAUAAAAAUAUUUCUGGUUAUGCGUUUGUGGAGGACGUUUGGGUUUGACAGAUAAAAUGAUUUUUGGUUAUGCGUUUUUUGAAGCUCAAUCUUAUGAAGAUGGAAUUAUAUAUUCUGUUGCUUGAAUUUGGAAUUUUCUAUAACUAAGUAUGUAACUUUUAUGUUGUUGUUUUGAUGAGUUAUGUGCUUUUAUAAAUGUAAGCAUUUAGUAAGUUGAAUAAUAUUUUGUUUUGAUUGUU